AGCACCUCCCCAUCAAACCACACAGCGCCGAUCACUCCAGGGCCACAGAGAGGAGCGCCACUCCCGGUCAGACGGCGACGUCUAGUGACGUCAGAGAGACCGCCGAGAGAAAUGGGACAAACCCAUUUGAGGACAGGACACCAGAUGGUGGUGGUGGUCAGAAUCAGCCCUUGCUGUGCGGCUUGUACGGGUGGCGGCCACAUUGGCUGCAGCCCUUUGCCAACUUGUACAUGUUCGCCACGCUGGUGGGUCUGUCCUACUUCUUUACGGGGAUGGCCAGGCUGUCGCUGAGAGGACAGCUGGUUUCCAUCGAGAGACAGUUCAACAUCGACAGCUCCCGCAGCGGCCUCUUCACCAGCGCUGCCUUGUUCGGACACACGUGCUCCGUGCUACUAGUAGGGCACUUUGCCCGCUCCACCAACAUUCCACUCGCCAUCGGGAUAGCCGGGAUCCUCAGUGGCGUGUUCACCAUGAUGCCCAGUGUGCUGGAGCUGGCUUCUCCCUACAAGCUCGCACCAAUAGACACUUACACAACGAUGAACACAGACCACCCUCACAGAAACGAACAGUACAUCUGCAAAUUGUCGACCACAGAAGAUUUGAGCACAGCAGUCUCGCCCGCCUCUCUCUUGCCAAACAGCAGUCUAGCCGAAACUUUGGAGAGCGACUUGGAGCGAAGCAACAAACAGUCUAACAUACUCGCCUACUACAUUCUGCUAGUCAGCCUUUUUCUGCAGGGGCUGGUCAACUCCUUCAGAUAUGGUGCUCUCCCCUUUGUUUAUGUUGAUGACAACGUGCUUGAUAAAACACGGACUGGUGUUUUUAUAGCAAUUUCCUACGUCCUGGCAGAGUUGACCGAGCCUGUAGGAGAUGUGGUGAACAGCUUGCUCAGCAGUAUUCCCGUGGAUCUAAGUCGCACGUCGAUGAAGCAGGACGACCCCCGGUUUAUCUCCGCCUGGUGGCUCAGUUUUCUCGUGUUCGGCAUCCUGACCAUCAUCGUGUCGGUGCCCAUCACCUUCCUCCCUCGCUACCUCUUGCCCAGAGAUAUCCAACAAAAGUCGCUGGAGAACGCGAUGGUCACUUUUGCUGUCGGGGAGAAAGCCAAGCCAUGUCUGCCAUCUUCAAGUGACGAGAUUUUGUACAGUCAGCUGUCAGAGGAGGAAGACAGUCCUAACUCAGAUGCCGUGGAUAUGACAUUGACAGAAUCUCGUCCCUCCCGACAUCAAGUGAAAGAUCUUACCUGUAUGCAAAUGAUCAAAGAUCUACCCAGGUCUGUUUAUAGAAUCUUCUCUAGCCCUCUGUUCGCCCUACUGGCCAUCGAGAUCACCAUCAUCUACGUGCCGCUGCUGGGCGUCCGGCCGUUCUCCAUCAAGUACAUCAUGUUUGAGUACAACGUCUCCAUGGCUAGGACCAACUUUGCCAGAGGAAUGUCAUCGGCCAUCACCCACAUCCUGGGUACCGCCAUCAGCUCUUAUCUCUCCACGCGGAUCAAAACAAGACUGGGCUACCUCAAGCUCAUCCUCUUCACCUCUGUGAUAACGUGGAUGAUGACUCCCUUUUACAUUGUCUUUGGUUGUGAUAAUGGGCCCAUCUAUGGGCUCUCCGGUCAAUUUGGGAUGAGCGUGGACAACAGCACGGCCUCGACCUGCCACUGCGACCCGUCCCUCAACCUGCUGUCCUGUGGCACGGACGGUCACACCUACCUGUCGCCGUGCUACGCCGGAUGUACAGACAGCAACGGAACGGUAUUCUUCAACUGCAGUGGCUUCAAUGUCCACAACAGCAGUAGCCAAGCAGAGCCAGGUGUCUGUGACGUGGGGUGUGAGAGGAACUUCAUCCUUUACAACAUUCUUCAGGCGUCCCAGACCUUUAUCUUCUCAAUGAACAACAUGCCUCGCCAUCUGCUUGCCUUGAGAAUUCUUUACCCUGAAGACAGAGCCUUUGGUAAUGCUUUCAUGCAUUUUGCACCAUUCCUAGCUUCUAUCCCGGCUCCUCUGCUGUUUGGCAAGUGGAUUGAGUCCAUGUGCGUUGUCUGGUCAUCCGACCAUUGUUCUUUGUACAACAGAGACAGCAUUCGGUACCUCACUGGUGGAGUAGAAAUCAUUGUGUGUGGUUUGACGGUUGUGACCUACCUUGCCAUGGUGUUCGUCUGUCGCUGGUUGGACAAGAAAGAAAUGCUCAAGCUACGAAGGGAGCAGUAGCUUACUUUAUGAUAUUGUAAAUAAAUUAAUAUAGUAAAGAGAGAAAGAGAUUUGCUUGAGUUUGGAUGGCAUAUCGCAACCUCAGUGUUUUCUUGUCGUAUCUCCAUUUUUAAUUACAGUGAAAACAAAUCGUAACAAAGAGUGAACUUAAAAAGAAGUCACAUUUUCAAUGUUGAAUAAAAUGGAGAUACGACAAGAAAGCACAGAGGUUGCGAUAUGUGAGACGUGCUGAAAAAAUGAGUUACUUCUCAGAUUUUAUCUCUGUUUAGAAAUGGAUAUGUAGGUCUCAAAUUUAUUUGCGGAGUAUGUAGGCCUACAAUUUAAAAGUAGGAAAUAAGUAAAAGACAUGUCAUAUCUGAAGAAAACGGUAUCAAAUGAAAAUCCGUAAAUUUCACCCCAGUGCCGUAUUUCGGCAAAUACAGAGUUUAUGUUUCACCACUUUCAGCAAAUAUCGAUGACAUGAAAGAUAGAAUAACAGCUAUAAUCAACAUGGUGGCCUGAGACUUUCUGAAGCGUGUUUGAGAGGAAUUUUCAUAUUGGCUUGAUGCUGUCCGUGCUUCUAGUGGUGGCUACAUGGAGCACUUGUAAAACAUAAAACGUGCCACGACGUGGUGAAACAGUUGAAAGAGGUGCGGGUCACCUGGUUUCAGAGGUAAAAUUAGCCAAAAGAUGGCCACUAAAGUCUGGUGACUUUCACAUUCUGAGAGCCCUGGGAAACUGAAAUUUUACAUUUUUUGUGCCAUUAAUCAAUGUUUUUCAGUAAAAUACUCACAAAAAUGUGUUUUCAAGUGGACAUAAAUGGUAUUGAGC